CAAAGCGUAUGGCUGGAUUUUCAUCACAAUUUGAAAGCUUCCACCAGUGGUGCUUGCUGCAUAUGGUAUAUUAAGGUCAAGAAUUCACAGGUGGACUGAUUGUUUUCUUAGCUGCGUCAAUUUUCUUAUAUAUAGGCCGAAAGAAUUUGAGGAGUGGGUUGUCGGAAUCCUUGUCAACCUUAGAAUCGAUGGAUUCAAAAUCUUUGGAACUCAAGGUCAUGUAUUGCAAAGAUCUGAAGUCAUUCAAUUUCUUCCAGAAACUCCUAGUGUAUGCUCUUGUUAAGCUUGAGAGCGAUGAUUCUGACAAGAAAAUGAAGCAGAAUCAGCAACACAGGACACCCACGGAUGCAGAAGGAGAUGGGAAUCCUGAGUGGAAUUACGAAAUGCAGUUUGAUCUGAGUGAGUUUUCGUUUGUUGAUUGUGAUCAUAUAUUUAUUCAUUUUGAUCUACGCCACGAAGGACUCUAUUUUGGUGAUAAAACUAUUGGGGAAGUUCGUGUGCCCUUGAAGGAUUUGAUCCAAGAGAGCAGUGGGAUUGUCAGGUUUGUGAAUUAUCAGGUACGCUCUCCAGAUGGGAAGCCCAAUGGAUUGCUGAAUUUCUCGUAUAAGGUGCAUGCGAAGGGUGAGGCUAUGGGGAUUCAUUUCCCAACGAGUGAGAUCAGUGGGUAUUCAGUAGUUCAUCAUCAUCAUCAGUCACCGGAGAUACAAUAUUCCACAUCAGAAGUUGAGAGCUUAUCACCUGUAGUUCACUAUCCAUCUUUAGAAUUGGAAGAUAGUCCGCAGGAAACUUACUGUGCUGCUCAAGAGAGCUACCCAUCUCAUAGAACACAGUAUUAUCCUCCUGGUCCAGCGCCAGCGCCAGCGCCUUAUGCCUAUGGCCCACCAUCAAUGCCACCGCCACCACCACCACUGCUGCACCAACCACCACCACAUCCACACGGGGCAUGUUACCUUUCUCCUUAUCCUCCAUACCCCCGCCCCUGGGCACCCGGUGGGGUAUAUGACCAUAACGCACACGAGAACUGGAGCUCACCGGGCAGACAAUCCCACAGUUUUGGCUAUGGAGAGACAUGGAGAAAUGAUUUUGGAGCUUACUGAAACGGCAGGUGAGAACCUCUGAGACAAACAAAUGCAUACAUAUUGUUUUAGAUUUGAAUGGUUGCGGUGCUUUUGCUAUACCUUGUCUAAAUCAUAGUUUCGCAAUUAUAUGGCUUCUCUAUGAAGGCGAAUUUUGCUAUCCAAUGCUUUUAUCUUAUUUAUCACUUCUUUACCAAAUGUUAUCUA